CACUCCCCCUGUCUAACAAAGCACACACGGCGAGAUAGAGAUAGAGGGAGAGAGGUUGAGAGGAUGGGGAGGAGGGCGUGCUGUGCCAAGGAAGGGGUGAAGCGAGGGGCGUGGACGAGCAAGGAGGACGAAAGCCUGGCUUCCUACGUCAAGGCCCAUGGCGAAGGCCGGUGGAGGGAGCUCCCCCAGCGAGCUGGUCUGCGGCGGUGCGGCAAGAGCUGCCGGCUGCGGUGGCUGAACUACCUCCGGCCGAACAUCAAGCGGGGCAACAUCUCCGACGACGAGGAGGAGCUCAUCGUCAGGCUCCACGGCCUGCUCGGCAACAGGUGGUCCAUCAUCGCCGGCAGGCUGCCCGGCCGAACAGACAACGAAAUCAAGAACUACUGGAACAGCACGCUCGGCAGGAAGGCGCUCCCCGCCCGGCCCGCCAUUGCCGCGGCGAGGACCAUCGCCUCCGGAUCCUCCAGCUCCACGGGGAGCGCCGCGGCGGCGCUCUCCACCUCAGUCCUUGCCGUCCUCCACGCCGCGGCGCCUUCGUCGUCGCCGGCCGCUGUGUGGGCGCCCAAGCCCGUGAGGUGCACUGGCGGCCUCUUCUUCCGCCGGGAGACGCCGCCGCCCGCGCCGGUCGUCGAGGAGACGCGGACCAGGGGAGAAGAGCCACCAUUUCAUGCCUGCAGCGGUAGCAGCUCGGCCUCGGAGGCGUCUCCGGCCGAGCUUUGCUCGUCGGGGUCCGGCGGGGGAGACUGGAUGGACGACGUGAGAGCCCUGGCGUCGUUCCUCGAGUCCGACGAGGAAUGGCUCAAGUCCCUGCACAUGGCCGGUUAAACCUCUCGAUCACACGUGAUCGAUCGAGCUCGCUCACAUGUUAAGUACGUGGUGCGCCGUUGUACGUACGCGCUUCCUCAAAGGGAAACUGUGCGUACACGGUAUACGUACUACGUGGCUGGCUAGCUCCCGUACGUUGCGAGUGUACUGAGUUGUUCGUGUAGACGUUAGUUUUGAGGGAAAAAAAUGAUAAGGUGGCGUCGUUCCUCACAUGUCCACGACAGCGCAACAGAAAAGGUCUAGGACAGUACUACGCGUAGGCGCGCCGGCGCGAGUGCUAGCACCGGUUGCAGCGUGACCGUCAGAUCUGCAGGGGGCUGUCAGAUAUCUUCAUGCAACA